AUGGAGUGGGGUUGGCUGAGAUACGUCGGGGGCGACCUGGUUCAUCAAAGGUGGGUUUCCGGCCGCGUGGCGCUAUCGGCUCCUGAGUAUGUCGGUGCCGCGCCGGACGGCGACACGCACGUUGAGAAGUACGACGACAAUCGUAAUGAAGAUGUGGACCUGGUUCGGUGGAGCGCGAGAUGGAACGACGUGCCCAACGGCGUGAAUCCUGCGCGGGUGCACAGCUUUCGGGAGGAGCCAACGGCGGUGGAGAAGCAUGUGUUUCUUCGAGAUGCUGAGCUGCUGGCCGAUCAUCGCUGUCGCAUCGUGGCGGCCGCGAUCGGGCGGCCCGACCUGCUCGCGGCGCCGGGCUUCCGCGCGCUGGUGCCGGGCGGACCGGGCGGGGCCGCCCCCGCCGCGGCGGCGGCGGCGGCCGGGCCUGUGGCGGCUGCUGGGCCUCGCCCAGGGGUGCUGCAGGGCGUGGCGCCUCGGGCGGCGGCGGCGGACGCUGGCGCGCGCUGGCGGGCGGCGCAGUCGCUCGGGGACGCGGGGCACGGCGACGAGGUGCCUGGCCAUGUGGCGACGGCGGCCGCGGUGCGCGGGCGUGACCUCCACACCCUCGGGGACGGCAGUGCCCUGUUCGUGGAGGAGGUGCCGGCGGCCGAGCUCGAGGCGUUCAUGGGGCGCGCCGUGGCCGCGGACGCUCGCGUGAUGCCCGUCAUGCGUACGGGCGCCCGCCGCGAGGUAACGUGGUCCGUCAUGGCCGCCCGCGUGCGCGAGGAGGAUUUCGGGCGCGACUGGCUGGUGACGGGCCCUCGCACGGCGUUUUGGUGCAUCGAGUUCAUCAACAAUGAGGGGAUGGGCAUCGACCUCGAGCCGACGCAGUGGGGAGUGCAGGAGCACUUCCAGUGCACGCAGUACAUCCGCUUGCUGUUGCUCUCAGACCAGUGCGACGGCACCAACAUGCAGGCCUUCGAGGCCAUCUUCCGACGCAUGCAGACGGAGCGAGAAGGGGCCAACCAGAGCGGGAAGUUGUCGAUCGAGGAGCAGACUCACUUUGCCGGCUCGACUCGGAUUUCGUCCAGCUUGACGGUGUGCCCCGACAUGCUGGAGUUCGUACGUAAAGAAGUUGAACGCGAAGCUGCCCUGGCAAAGAACCUCCGUAAGGCUCGUGAAGAGAAGGAGGCGCUCAAUAAGGGCAAGAAAGAUGGUCAAGGUUGA